AGCAAUUUCUGACUACAUAUGUAUAUCCAGGUAUAUCAAACCGUGAACGCGUACAGAAGGCGACCAUGAUAGUCAUACACAUACCGUUAGAAUUUGAAACUAGUGGGACUAAUACGAGCGCAUUAUCAAUAUUCUGUUCAUUCCGAAUACACAUCGCCAGAUAUCACUAAGUUCAAAUACACCCGCUCAGGACUGAUAUGGUAUUUGACCGUGCCCCUGGUGCAUAUGCACCUUGAUAGUGGCCAAGUUUUGGGAUGGCAAGUUCUACACCGAGAUUAGCUCAUAUCCGGAGUCUGCAUAAUCACGACCUCUUUGCCUUAACGGAGCGAAGGUGUUGCAAAAAACUCAUCGAUGGGCAAAAGCCCCUUUCAUGUUGGAUUCACCCAAACCACCCACCAUUAUUUGCACGAAUGUCCAACUUCGAACACCAAUCGCUCUCGUCGAAUGACGGUGCUGCCGUUAAGCCCGAUUGGGAGGAUUUUAUAGACAACCAAGAAACUGAAUUUCGCUCAAUCGAAAGCUUCGCAGCUAGACGUGGGGGAAGACCUCCUGCUAACAGACCUCCCGCAAACAGGCCCCCGACUAACAGGCCUCCCAACAACAACAACAGGCCUCCGACAAACCGACCCAGGCUUCCCAAACGUGUCGUUGUCCAACAGAUGAUCGACUCGCUCGGUGUUGCCGUAGCUGCUGCACAGCUCGGAGUAGAUGUGGCGACUCUUUUGGGCUAUGUGAACGGCGGGGUCGACGACUAAUGGUUAACGACUAGUAUCCUGAAGAAAUCAGUGGCAUGUACACUAGAAUGAAGAAUAAACCUAUGAAAAUGUUGUAAAUGUUGUAAUUCGAGGCUUGUAGCUGGCUUGCAGUAAAUGAAUAGUAAUUUUUUGACCUUUCGGAAGUUUCGCAUAUAUGAGCAUCAACCUCAAUUUGGUUGAAAGGCAGUUACAAGGAACAACAUGGACAAAGAUAAAAUG